GGAAUGAAGGAAUGAAUGAAGCGGAGUGGCCGGCCGUUGUAUAUUCGCAGACUUGAGAGUUACUUGCACCCAUCAAGUGAGGAGAUUAAAGAAGGAACUAUAACUAACAUAUAUGGCAACGGCGACCGCCACAGCCACCGCAGCUGUGCCUGUGCACCGUUUCUUCUGCAAUAAUAACAAGAAUAUUUCCCAAAUUCAUUCGGCCAUGACUAGCCGUCGUUUCUCCUCUUCCCAGACUCACGGGAUUAGAAAACCGGGGGGUCAUGGAUUCAGAGUGCGGUGCAAUGCUGUGGCCGCGGAGACGACGGAGACAAAGAAGAAGAGUGGGUAUGAGAUUCAGACACUGACUGGAUGGCUUUUGAAGCAGGAGCAGUCGGGGGUUAUCGAUGCUGAGCUUACCAUUGUUAUUUCCAGCAUUUCCAUGGCCUGCAAGCAGAUAGCCUCACUCGUUCAGCGCGCCGGUAUUUCUAAUCUCACCGGAGUUCAGGGCGCCGUCAAUGUCCAGGGAGAGGAUCAGAAGAAGCUUGAUGUUGUCUCCAAUGAGGUAUUCUCAAAUUGCCUGAGAUCAAGUGGGAGGACAGGCAUAAUAGCAUCGGAGGAAGAGGACGUCCCUGUGGCCGUGGAGGAGAGUUAUUCGGGGAAUUACAUUGUUGUGUUCGACCCUCUGGACGGAUCAUCCAAUAUCGAUGCAGCAGUCUCCACCGGCUCCAUCUUUGGAAUAUACAGUCCCAACGAUGAGUGCCUUGCCGACAUUGAAGAGGAUGAAACGCUGGACCAGAUGAAAGAGAGGUGCGUGGUGAACGUGUGCCAGCCGGGGAACAACCUCCUUGCAGCAGGAUACUGCAUGUACUCCAGCUCUGUCAUAUUCGUGGUCACAUUAGGGAAAGGCGUCUUCGCCUUCACCUUGGAUCCCAUGUUCGGGGAAUUCGUUCUCACCCAGGAGAGCAUACAGAUACCAAAGGCUGGCAAGAUAUAUGCAUUCAACGAAGGGAACUACCAGCUGUGGGAUGACAAGCUUAAAAAGUACAUCGACCAUCUCAAAGAUCCGGGGCCCACCGGGAAGCCUUACUCGGCCAGAUACAUUGGGAGCCUGGUGGGUGACUUCCAUAGAACUCUGCUGUACGGAGGGAUCUACGGAUACCCCAGGGACAAGAAGAGCAAGAAUGGCAAGCUCAGGCUGCUCUAUGAGUGUGCGCCUAUGAGCUUUAUAGUGGAGCAAGCUGGGGGGAAAGGCUCUGAUGGCCAUCACAGAGUUCUUGAUAUUCAGCCCACUGAGAUACAUCAGCGAGUCCCGCUCUACAUUGGGAGUGUUGAAGAGGUGGAGAAACUAGAGAAAUACUUGGCUUAAUUAAGAUGGACGGAUUUUAACCUUAUAAUUAAUUAAAUGAAUGCAACUGUGGAUAACAAUUAAAGGCUCUCUCUCUCUCUCUCUCUCUCUCACAAUAUAUAUAUACAUAUAUAUAUUUUGUUAUGAAUUCAAUGCAAUGCAUAUACACUAAUUACUUUGUUCA